AUGGCCUCCAAGCGCAUCAGCCAGGAGACCUUUGACGCAGCUGUGCGUGAGAACAUUGAAGAAUUUGAGAUGGGACCAGAAGAGGCCUUGAAGGAGGCCACAGAGCAGUUUGAGUCGCAAGGGGUUGAUCUAAGCAACAUCGUGAAGACGGUGCCCAGAGUGUCUGCAGAUGGACCCCAAGAGCCAGAACAUGACAUCCUUCAGGCCCUGGAUGCCCUGCGGGAGGCUCUGGCCCACUCCCAGCCACAAGAGGUGUCGGUGUCCCUGGCCCGCUUCCGUGAUCAGUGCCAGCAGCACAAGUCCUGCCGAUUCCUGGCUGCCCAGAAGGGAGCCUACCCUGUACUGCUCGCUGCCUGUCAGAUGGCCUUGGCAGGCGACCCAGCCCACCUGCUCCAGGCGCUGGAUACCCUCGCAGCACUAAUGGACGGCCAGCCCGACCUGUUAGAUGCCCAGGGCUUGCAGCUCUUGGUGGCUACAUUAGCCCUGGUCGCUGACACAGCUGACCUUACCUGCGCCACACUCCGCCUGGUGCGCCACUCUUGCCUGAAGCAUGAGCAAAAUCGGCAGGCCUUGGUCAAGGCUGGCGUGCUGCCCCUGCUGACCGGAGCCAUUACCCAGCACAGUCACUGCGCUGAUGUGGUCCGAGAGGCCUGUGGGGCACUCCGUGUGAUGACCUUGGACGACGACAUCCGUGUGCCCUUUGGCCACGCCCAUGCACACGCCAGGAUGAUUGUGCAGGAGAAUCGGGGCCUGAAGGUGCUGAUGGAAGCUGCCCAAGCAUUUCCUGACAAUCCCAGCGUCCUGGGUGACCUCUGCAACACCCUGUCACGCCUGGCCGUUCGCAAUGAAUUCUGCCAGGAGAUCGUGGACCUCGGUGGCCUGGGUAUCCUGGUGGCCCUGCUGAACGAUGACACCAAUCACCAGGACCUGGUGAAGCAGGUGCUAAGUGCCCUGAGGGCCAUCGCAGGCAACGAUGAUGUAAAAGAUGCCAUUGUCCGUGCAGGCGGAGCUGAGUCCAUUGUGGCUGCCAUGAUGAGGCACCUGGCCAGCCCCCAGGUGUGUGAGCAGAGCUGUGCGGCCCUUUGCAUCCUGGCCCUUCGCAAGCCAGAGAACAGCCGGCUCAUCGUGGAAGGGGGCGGGGCCCUGGCUGUGCUGGAGGCCAUGAAGGCCCACCCACAGCAAGUUGGCGUGCAGAAACAGGCCUGCAUGUUAAUCCGCAACCUGGUGGCCCGGAGUCAGGAUUUCUCACAGCCCAUCCUGGAACUCGGGGCUGAAGCACUCAUCUCCCAGGCCCGUGCUGCUCACCGUGACUGCGAGGACGUAGCGAAGGCCGCCCUCCGGGACCUGGGCUGCCAUGUGGAACUGUGUGAGCUGUGGACAGGCCAGAAGGGUGACCUGGCACAGACCAAGGCUCCGCCCACCAGGCCUGGGAUGGGUAAUGGUGUGAAAGAGGCCGCAGCAUGCCUGCAGGAGGAUGCUGAGCCUGCCCUGCGCUCACCCAUCUCCAAAAAGACUGACCGCCACGACGUGCUCAGCUCCCUGCUGUCCGGGGCCCUAGCUGGUGCGCUUGCCAAGACGGCAGUAGCCCCCCUGGACCGAACCAAAAUCAUCUUCCAGGUGUCUUCAAAGAGAUUCUCUGCCAAGGAGGCCUUCCGGUUGCUCUACUUCACCUACCUCAAUGAGGGCUUCUUCAGCCUGUGGCGCGGGAACUCGGCCACCAUGGUGCGCGUGGUGCCCUAUGCUGCCAUCCAGUUCACCGCCCAUGAAGAGUACAAGCGGGUGCUGGGGCGCUACUAUGGCUUCUGUGGAGAGGCCCUGCCCCCCUGGCCCCGUUUCCUCGCGGGUGCACUGGCUGGAACGACGGCCGCCUCACUGACCUACCCGCUGGAUCUGGUCCGCGCGCGGAUGGCCGUGACCCCAAAGGAGAUGUACAGCAACAUCUUUCACGUCUUCAUCCGAAUCUCCCGAGAGGAAGGGCUGAAGACCCUCUAUCACGGUUUCACCCCAACCCUGCUGGGUGUCAUUCCGUAUGCAGGGCUGAGUUUCUUCACCUAUGAGACUCUCAAGAGCCUGCACAGAGGUGAGGGCGGCCAUCGGCAGCCCUACCCCUUUGAACGCAUGAUUUUCGGGGCCUGCGCCGGCAUCAUCGGACAAUCAUCAUCAUACCCGCUGGACGUGGUACGACGGCGCAUGCAGACGGCGGGUGUCACGGGCUACCCACGCACUUCCAUCGUGCGCACGCUGUGGACCAUUGUGCGUGAGGAGGGCGCUGUGCGUGGCCUCUACAAGGGCCUAAGCAUGAACUGGCUCAAGGGUCCUAUCGCCGUGGGCAUCAGCUUCACCACCUUCGACCUUAUGCAGAUCCUGCUGGAGCGCCUACAGGGUUAA